AUGCUGGUGCUGUGCCUGCUGGCGCUGGUGUGGCUCAGCGAGGGUUCCCAGCGCAGUGAGCCCAUGUUUGCAGCCGUCACCCAACGCAUCCUCCCACCUGACUACGAGAGCAAUCCCACACAGCUCAACUAUGGCGUGGCCAUCACUGACCUGGAUGCCGACGGUGUCUUCGAGAUUGUGGUAGCAGGGUACAAUGGCCCCAACCUGGUGCUCAAGUAUGACAAGGUGCAGGGGAGGCUGGUGAAUGUGGCAGAGGAUGAGCGGGGCUCUCCGUACUAUGCACUGCGGGACCGGCAGGGCAACGCCAUUGGUGUGACAGCCUGUGACAUCGACGGGGAUGGCCGCGAGGAGAUCUACUUUCUCAACACCAACAAUGCCUUCUCUGGCAUGGCCACCUACACGGACAAACUCUUCAAGCUCCGCAAUGGGCGCUGGGAGGACAUCCUGAGCGACGAGGUGAACCGGGCCGUGGCCAGCCGCUUUGCUGGGCGUUCUGUUGCCUGCGUGGACCGGACGGGCUCCGGCAGGUACUCCAUCUACAUCGCCAACUAUGCCAGUGGCAACGUCGGCCCCCAUGCCCUGAUUGAGAUGGACGUGGCUGCCAGUGACCCUGCCCGUGGUGUCGUGGUGCUGGUGGAUGUGGCCACCCAGGCUGGCGUCAGCAAGUACACAGGGGGCCGUGGGGUGGCCGUGGGCCCCAUCCUGAGCGACAGUGCCUCUGAUAUAUUCUGCGGUAAUGAGAACAGCCCCAAUUUCCUCUUCCACAACUGGGGGGAUGGGACGUACCGGGACGUGGCAGCUGCUGUGGGGCUAGAUGAUCCCUACCAGCAUGGACGCGGUGUGGCGCUGGCUGACUUCAACCGCGACGGCCGCGUGGAUAUCGUCUAUGGCAAUUGGAACGGGCCGCACCGCCUCUACCUGCAGAGUGGAGCCCCUGGACGGGUCCGAUUCCGGGACAUCGCCACUCCCAAGUUCUCCAUGCCAUCCCCCGUCCGCACUGUCAUCGCAGCCGACUUUGACAAUGACCAGGAACUGGAGAUUUUCUUCAACAACAUCGCUUACCGUGGCUCCUCUGCCAACCGCCUCUUCCGGCUCAUCCGCAGGGACCACUCAGACCCCAUCGUGGAAGAGCUGAAUCCAGGGGAUGCAUUGGAGCCCGAGGGACGGGGCACGGGAGGUGCAGUGACGGAUUUUGAUGGUGAUGGGAUGCUAGACCUCAUCCUGUCUCAUGGUGAGUCCAUGGCACAGCCAAUCUCCAUCUUCAGGGGCACCCAGGGCACCAGCAACAAUUGGCUGCGUGUCAUCCCCCGCACCCGCUUUGGGGCCUUUGCACGGGGGGCCAAAGUGGUGCUGUUCACACGGCGCAGUGGGGCCCACCUGCGCAUCAUCGAUGGUGGUUCUGGGUACCUCUGCGAGAUGGAGCCUGUGGCACACUUCGGACUGGGGCGUGAUGAAGCCAGCAGCCUGGAGGUGACCUGGCCGGAUGGCCGUGUGGUGUCACGAGCUGUGGCCAGCAGUGAGACCAAUUCUGUCCUGGAGGUCCCCUACCCCCUGGAUGUGGAGGAGCCACUCAUGCCAGCCCUGCUGGAGUGCGGACAGGGAUUCUCCCAGCAUGAGAACGGACGCUGUGUAGACACAGAUGAAUGCACUGAGUAUCCUUUCAUCUGUCCCCGGGACAACACCACCACUGCUGCUGCUGGAGCUGCCGCUGCUGGAGCUGCCGCUGCUGCACCGGUCCUCGUAGAUGGAGAUCUCGAUCUGGGCCCUGCUAAGGAUCAUUGGUGA